AUGUCUACCAACAGUACUCCCAUCAACUUCGUGUUCAGAGAUGGACAUCGCACAUCUGGUACUCAGUCUGGCUCGGUGGCCGAACCCUCAGGCUGCUGUCUUUGUGGACAAUCAUUCCAAGCAGCUCGUCAGCCACGACGGACAGACAAGGACAAGCUCAAUAUCAUGUUGAGGGUGCUUGGCCAGCUGAGCUGGACACUCGGGGAUUUCUUGUACAACUUGUUCAGGUCAAAGGAUGACAAUGGCGAGAAGAUCCAACGCGAUGAACCACAGCGAACAAUGAUCGCCCGCUUCCUCAGCGGAAACACGAAACAUACAUUUGCGAAGAUUGUCCACGCAGUCAUGGAAGACACCGCAGGACUCCCGAAGCCAUCCGAUGACGAGAGUGCAUACAUGUACUCACGGAACCAUCCAUCCCUCGAGAUCAAACAUGCACGACCUGCGCUUACGACGAUGGCCGUCGAGCUUGUGAUCAAGGAGAUGGUGCGGGAGAUGAAUGCGACUGUAAAGAUCGGGCCCGGGACAGGUCACACACCGAGUUGGAGUACCGUGAUCGCGACGUUGAAGCGUCUUGCCGACAGUGCACGGGAGGAGCUGCGGGAGAUGGGAAAGAGCGAGACACAGGCCCUGGUGAUGCGGAUGGAUAAUGUCCAGAAGUAUCGUAAGCAACGCGAGCAGAGGAUCGGUCGGAGGAACGAGAUGGAUGUCGGUCUCGCAGCCACAGUUGCGGAAGCCAGGGACUUCACGGCGGAUGCUCUAGACCUGGGCGAUAAACUCCGUCGCAUCGCCGAGAACGAACGUUCGACACUCACUGUUCCCAAGCUGUUGAACAUGAUUGAUCUCGAUCACUACGAUACUGUCAGCGCGUUACAAUGGCUGCAGACCCUCGUGUACUCCAUUCCACAGCUCGACUGCCACAAGUCAGCCCUCGAGAAACUCAACAAGACGGAAGGGGCAAAGCUGCGCGUUCCUAAACAAAAAACGGCCCUGCAUCCCCUCGCCACAACACGCAAAAACGAGAACAUCAUGACGGAGUUGCGUGAUGCACUUGUCGACUUCAUGGAGCAGGUGGGACAGGACGAAGAAAAUUAUCAGCAGCGGCUAUUGUUCAUCGGAGGCGAUGGACUCACCUUCGAGAGGUUACAGCAGAUCAAGCAAUAUCUAGACGACCAGACAACUGCCUACCGCCGUUUCGAUAUCAUCAUGCCAUUCCUGGAAAUCUGGCAUACUAUCUGGACCCAUCUCAGUUCAGUAUUUGAGACUCACUGGGGCAAUGAACUCACGAAAGACCCCUCGAAGCUUGGGCACAGCGCUCAUAAGAUCGGGCAGAAGACACCAUCAAAUCUAAAGAAGGUCGAUUAUUAUGCUGCGUCACACCUGUUGUAUAUUGUGCUCGACACACGGAUGCUCGAUUGCUGGAGGUGA